UUGUUCAACCCCACUCCCCCACACCUACGCUUUCUACACACACACGUAUACGUCUAUAUAUAUACACCGCCUCAUCCCAUUACUCUUCUUUAUCUCUCUCUCACACACAGAUCAAGUGGUCUGAAAAAAUGGGGGAUGUUGAAAGAGUCUGUUGUAUGUGUGGUGACGUGGGUUUCGCCGACAAAAUCUUCCGAUGUAUCAAGUGCCAUCACCGCUUCCAACACUCGUAUUGUAGCAACUACUAUAGCGAAUCAUCGGAGCCUCCGGAGCUAUGUGAUUGGUGCCAAACCGAGGUGAUCAAAACUACGAAACACACCGGUUCUUCCAAGAAAUCAAGCUUAAAAUCGGACGCCGGAAUCAGUAACCGGUCAGAAUAUUCCGGUGACAAGAUCAAGCAACAUGAUCGUGAAGAGGGUUUCGAAAAAGGCAAGUCAUCCUCAUCCACAGGAGCUCCUUCCCCUAAGACUAGUACUCGAAGAAUCCUAUUUUCCUUCUCCUGUUUCUCAGUCGUUCCAGAAACCUCUCAUACAUUGCUUCUCACAAACAAACUUCCUCCUUCACCGGUGGCUUUCGACCAUACCGAUGCCUCCAAAACUCACUUUCUCUCUCUAAACUCAUCCAAAACUCUACUACAGUAUCCAUCGAUCCGACUUCCAGAAAAAGAAAAAGAAAUCAGAAUCGACGAAAAAGAGACAGGCUGGCCAGGGAAACAACAACGUGGUCGGAUCGUUGGUGGUAUAUCUACUUAUGGACUUAGUUUAAUCCCUCCGCUCCUUGUCGAUGUUUCCUCCACCGCCUCUCCCUGUUUGCUCUACCUUCCACUGAUUGUCGUCACGGGAACGAAAAAAAGGAGGGCAGCCGUGGUGACGGUGCCGACCACCGGAAAGUGCAAACGAACUUGA